CCUCCUGCUCUUCCCUGAGGUCAUCCGCUGUGGAGGACCGGAAGUCUGCUUAGCUGCUGAGAACUGAUGUAAGUUUGCCAGCUUUAAUCCACAGCUGACCUCAAAGCAGCCCGAUGAGCAGCGGAGUGUGUCGGGGGGUCCUGCAGCGGCUGUGGAUCGCCGGGUCCUCAGGCAGCUGGAGCCGGAUCCUGUCCUCCUGCUGCAGACUCCGGGCCGGGCCGAGGUCUGAGCCCCGCAGAGGGAUGUCGGUGUCCGGCAGGGGCAGCAUGAACGUGUUCAACAGAGAGAUGAAGAGGAGGCAGAAGAACUGGGCAGCAUCUCUGGAGGACGGAAACCAGUACGACUACCUGAGGGACGAGGUCGGCAGUCGAGUGGCAGAUCGGGUCUAUGACGUUGCGAGGACGUUUCCUCUCGCUCUGGAAGUGGGCUGUGGGAAAAGUCACAUCGUAGAGCAUUUAAGCGAGGAUGUGGUGGAGCGUUUGUUCCUGAUGGACGUCUCAGAGGACAGUCUGAAACAGAGGAGGCCGAGCGAGAUCCCGACUCACUGUGUCGUUGCUGACGAGGAGUUCCUGCCGUUUAAGGAAAACACCUUUGACCUGGUGAUGAGCAGCUUGAGUCUGCAUUGGAUCAAUGACCUGCCCGGAGCUCUCAAACAGAUCCACCAGGUGCUGAAGCCGGACGGGGUGUUCAUCGGGGCCAUGGUGGGCGGGGAGACCCUGUACGAGCUGCGGUGUUCCCUCCAGCUCGCCGAGACCGAGAGGGAGGGAGGAUUCUCCCCCCACAUCUCCCCCUACACGGCCGUCACCGACCUGGGCAACCUGCUGGGCCAGGCCGGCUUCAACAUGCUGACUGUGGAUGUUGAUGAUGUUCAGGUUCACUAUCCAGGAGUCAUCGAAGUCAUGACUGAUUUACAAGGUAUGGGUGAGAGUAACUGCGCCUGGAACAGGAGGUCACUGCUGCACAGGGACACCAUAUUAGCGGCGGCAGCUAUUUAUAAAGAGAUGUAUGGAACCGAGGACGGGUCCAUCCCCGCCACCUUCCAGAUCCACUACAUGAUUGGCUGGAAGCCUCACGAGUCACAGGCCAAACCGGCGAAGCGAGGCUCAGCCACAGCCUCGUUUGGAGAUUUAUCAAAGAUCAGCCGGCCGACCGACGCCAACCAGACGUAGAAGCACCUGAGCCGACACGCUGCACGCUGUAAAUAAUCAGCUUUAUUCAAACAAACAGGUGUUAGCCGGGCUGAAAGCAGGUGACGUGUUGUACGUUUGUUCACUGGAAUAAAGUUGAGCAACAGAAACAUGAUGACAUCAUGAUGUUUUUUGUUGUCACAGGAAGUUCAGUUUUAGAAAGCUGGGUGGGUGUUGAUCUAAAGAUAAAAGUUGACUUAUUGAUGAUAAAAUUUGUCAUACAUGAAGAAGGUUUGACGAAGCUGUCAUGUCGGUGGUCUCAGACAGACAGACAGACAGCACAGACAGACAGGCAGACAGACAGACAGACAGACAAACAGACAGACAGACAGACAGACUGAGCUAAAUCUCCUUCACCUGAAGGCAAACUGCUGCCGUGGCAAACAUCUGUUCUUCUGCUCAGAUGUACCAAAACGGUCGAUCAUUUGUGAUGGUUAGACAGAUCAUUAAUGCCACCUGUGCUCAGGUAGAACAUGUGAAGCAACACGUGUUUCAGGUGCCCUCUGAACGAGUCAUCUGCGUGUCAGAAGUGCGUCUGACGUGACUGAUGGCUGCAGCUGGAGACGUUUUUCACACAUGAGGACCUUUUUAUCAGUGCGGUUCAUCAAUAGGCUUUUAUUGGUAACAUUUGAGAACAGCAUGAAUCCACACAGAAACAUCCGUUUGUUUUCAAACCACAACCCCGCUGGUCCUGACUUCCUCUUUGAACGCAGAGGCAACGGCGCUUUGGUCUCAGGUCACUUAACACGGUCCACAGGCUGCAGACAUGCUGCUUCACGUCUUCUUUGUCCUCGUUGGACUUUCCUGUCACGGCUUCAGCGUCAGUCCUCCCAGUGUUACUGUGCUGCAGAACACCUCACCUGUGCUGUCCUGUCCUGACCGGAACAAAGAUGUCACGUGGAGCCGCUUCAUAAACGGUGAAAAGGUGACUCUUGUCACGAUCAAAGAUGAGGAAGAGAAAAUAUUUGACAAACACUUUGGUUCCCAGGCAGAUAAUUCACUGGUUAUAAUAGGUGUUAAACUCAACGAUUCUGGAAUGUACUUCUGCAAUGGAGAACAAAUAUAUCUGGACGUGACAACAGAUCCUAACAAGAUGACUCCCAGAAGAAAUGAAUCCGUCCCUCCAAGAAACAGUGGACCUGAUUCAGGCCUUGGACCGGGUCAGAACGGAUCAGGUGCAGCAGGGGGUUCAGAGCCAGAGGACCAGCGGUCGUCAGACCUGUGGAAAAUAGCUGUGGGUGGAGUCGUGGGUGCGGCAUUGGUGCUUUUGGUCGUCUUCACACUGAGACUCUGCUCAGAAACGAGAGGGGAGGCGAACCUGAAUGUGAACAGAACUGUGACUCGGGUGAUUUACGAGGAGGUGGAAGAGGAGGAGCAGCCCAGGAGGGAAUCUGAGCUGCAAAGUCCCUCCUGCUGCUGGAAAAGCUCCUGCACAACACAAAAUAACAACCUGCACAACAGAGUCCACAGGCUGAAGACCAGCAGAUGCAGCACUGAGGAGUGUGUGAGUGUGUGUCACUACGUCGGCCAAAGCCCAGCACAGACAGCAGACGUCAGUCAGUAUUCUGUCUGUUAGCCGUCGCACUCGGGCUGUGCUGUGAUGGUGGAAGUGGCUGGACUUGCUGGUAUCUUUGCUGUUUAUUUUCUUCCGUUUCCUUCCUUCAGCUCGUGUGAGCCUUCACCUCCCGUCCACAGACUGCAACACAAACCGCAGGACUUUCGUCACUGCUGCGUCGCCUUCCUUCGUGUUUGGAGUGUAUUUCUAAGAGUAAUCACUGUCUACAUGGAUAUCAGUAUCUCUGUGGAGUGUUUGUAUUUGUCCUUUUGGUUCAGUUCAGUCUGCUGUCUUCAAAAAGUCAAACUCCAACGGUGACCUGCGAGCCACGUGAGCUCUCGGAGCGCCCUCUAUGGGCCUUUGAGAGGAAGAUGAGACCUGACGGAUGCUGUGUGGCAGCUGUGGCUCAGGAGUCUGCUGACCCCACAGUUCAGUUCCUGGAUCCUCCGGUUUGUGGGCUGAAGCUGAGCAGCAGAAACUGUCAGCGCUGAAAAGUAAAUUGGCUAAUGAAAAGCAUCUUUCAUGAAGAGCCUGAGCAGUUCAUUAAGGCCCAAUGUGCUGAUGUGAAAGCUCUAAAUGCUGUCGCUGUCUUCAUUCAGCAUCACAUGCUGCUGUAAAGCUUUGGUUAACUUUUUGUUGUUGUUGUUCUUAUUCUCUUGUUUGUUCUUUCUAACACCUGACAGUUUCCUGCUCCCUGCUGACAUCACAGGAUUGUAAACCAUGCAGAGUUUCAUUCAAUAAAAGUUUCUUUGAAGAAAUUAAACAUCACAGAUGUAACUAAUGCUUGUGUUACUCAAAGGGCCAAAACAUGACACCUGAAAAGCACUGUCCACAGCAAUGUCUCCGUCCAGAAAUCAUGAUCGGGUUGUGCAACGUAAUCCCAGACUGCUGUGAGCAGUUUCCUGUAGGAACUAUUUUCUGUAUGUAUCCCUGCACAGAAGGAAAGCGCGCGUCGCCUGGUGGACGAGAGGCUCGAGCUCCGGGCAGGACCCGACUGUUACAACCCAGUCUGAGUAGUGCACGUGCGAGCGUGUCCGCCAUCUUGGACAGGUGGAACUACUGCAGCUCUCUUCUGUCCGGCGGUUCCCAUAAGUCUCCCAUGAGUCCCACGGCUCCAGCUGGUUCAGAACGCAGCAGGUUCUCACUGGUUUUAACAGACGACGUCCCGUCAGCCCCAUCGCAGCCUCCCUUCGCUGGCUGCCAGCCUGCAGCCUGAGGUCCUCAGGUGGGGACCUUUUGGACGUUCCAAAGGUUAAAGACUGAAGGUGAUCAGGUUUUUGCUGUCAGGGCUCCUCGGCUCUGGAACGACCUGCCCGAGGAGAUCAGGCGUUCAGGGUCAGGGACUUCUUUUAAAACCCGUUUAUGUAGACAGGCUUAUAUGUGAUGUCGCCUUUUUACCGUCCGUUUAUCUUGUUGGUUUUGAAUUUUGUAUUUCCUACAUUUAUUGACGAUUAGCUUUCUAUAGUUGCUUCUUAUUUUGCUCUUUUGUUGUGUUUGAGUUGUAGGAUUUGAUUUUGGGAACCUGGUUUUCAGGUUUUCAGUGCUUCAUAUUAUCAUUAUUAUUAUUAUUAUUAUUAUUUUGUGUCAGUAACCACACACACCCAGCGGAGCACCACAUGUGGAUUCGUCCACUGCUGAACAUGAAUGUGUUGUUCCCUCCUGUCAGAUAGAAACCACACUGAACAGCUGUUUGAAACCUUCAUGUGUUUUUAAAGAUUUGCAUGGUCAGGAGGACCCAGAGGGCUCUCUGAGAUCCCCACCCUGACACCGUAGUGGUUUGGAUCCUUCCAUUUGUCAUCACUUACAAAAACACAAAACAACGCCCGUCUUAUUGCUGAAAUUGUGAAAUGUAAAGCGUGUUUGUUCCGGUGUAACAGCAUCAGCGCGGAAUUUCAGUUGUAUUUCUGACACUUCUCUUUUCCCUCCACACAUUUCUUUCCACUGACGGCAUGUUUCCUUUAUCUCAAGCCUCAUCUGGUGCCUUUUUUCAUCCUCAUCCACAGUGACACAUCACACUAAAAUAGACUCAUUUCUGUUGGUGUUUGGCCUGUGUGACUGUUUUAACUUCCUCUUUCUGAGGCAAAGGCUGCAGUGACUGCAGACUCACAUUCAGAAUCAGAAAGGGUUGACUGCUCGUAUUCUGGAGCUCAGCACAAACACUUGAAGCAGAAGGAAACUGCAGCUACAGAGCUGCAUAACUCAAUCAAAGUUAAUAAAUGUGACUGAAAGAGAUCAAAGUUCUCAUGUGACGUUUCUCAAAAACACCGAACUGCUCCUUUAACUACAGUGGCGUCUUGCCCUCGUGUUUAUCACGCGUGUGUUUCAGAGAUGUAUGGAACCGAGGACGGGUCCAUCCCCGCCACCUUCCAGAUCCACUACAUGAUUGGCUGGAAGCCUCACGAGUCACAGGCCAAACCGGCGAAGCGAGGCUCAGCCACAGCCUCGUUUGGAGAUUUAUCAAAGAUCAGCCGGCCGACCGACGCCAACCAGACGUAGAAGCACCUGAGCCGACACGCUGCACGCUGUAAAUAAUCAGCUUUAUUCAAACAAACAGGUGUUAGCCGGGCUGAAAGCAGGUGACGUGUUGUACGUUUGUUCACUGGAAUAAAGUUGAGCAACAGAAA